UAAUUUUGGUUCACGUACAAGCCAAAAUUUUUUCCAUUUAUUUAGGUUUCAGCCAAUCAAUCUUAGAAAUUAUAGGAAAUUAGCCGCAAAUAAAACUGCGAGUGAUCUCGAUGAUAACAUCACAAAGAAAAAAAAUUAUAUGAUAUCACAAAUACUCGCAUAUAACAAGAACGGCACUUUUAUUUUCUUUUAAUCGGAUUUUGAAAGAGUGAUUCUUCUUUUUUUUUUUAAAAAAAAAAAGGGUUUGAAAUCUUUUUGGAAUACUACCUCCCAUCUGCUGAUGACCUUUUUUCAAUUUUAUUAAUAUUCGUGUUGCCUAUCACUUUUGCAAUGGCAACUUUGCGACAGAAAUGGGCUAUUCACAGAACCUACCGUCGUAUUCAAAAUUGUUGGCAGGAAUAUCUUUCUGUCUCAGAUAAAGAUGAUGUUCAAUUGAUGAUUCAAAAACUUGAAAACUUUCUUGAUAUUUUUCAAGAAGCUUAUAAAGAAUGGAGCGCAUCAGGAAUUAUUAUACCAACUGAUUUUUCGUUGGAUAAAAUAUACGGUGAUUGUUCAGAAGUAUUAGUGAAUUUACUUAAUACUAUUGAUCGGGAAGUUAACAAAGAAAAGCCAGAUCCUGGUGUUGAAAGAGUAGCUGAUUUAGUUAAUAAAGCAUUAAAUGUAGCUGAAUUAAUAUUAAAAGAUGAAAAAUAUCGACAAUUAGUUGCAAACACUCCUAAUUUAAUUUAUCGAAUAUUAUUAUUAUUGGAAAAAUUAAAUACAAUUGAAGCUAAAAAAUUAACUUUGAGAGUUAUUAGUACAUUGGGUGAAAAUGAUUGGAAUAAAAUUGAAAUAGGUCGACAUCAAGGUUUCAAAAAAAUUUUACGUUUAUUAAUCGAAGAUGAUCCUGAGUUAACAUCAGAAAUUGUUAGAACUAUAAAACAUUUUCUUGAAGUUCGAGAUGAAGAUAUUCAGAAAAAGGGUCUAGGAUUUUCAAAUAUUGGUAGAAGUAUAUCAAAAAAUCGUAAUAAUUAUAUUAAUGACAAUGAUAUAAAUAUGACAUUAAAUGAUGAAAAUUUUAUUUCUCGAUGCGAUUCUUAUGAUAAUGAUUUUAAUGAAGAAGAAAGGGACAAUGUAAAUACUUUCUUUAGUAGCCUUGUUGGAGGGAAAGUUUCAAACAUGGUUGCUGAAAUGCGGGAAUUGAUAUUUACUGAACUUGGGAGAGUAUUUCCAAAUUUACACGCACUUGCAAGUGAAAUUAUGGUUAAUCAUGGUGAUAGUCUUAAUGAUAAAAGAAUUGACAGAAGAAUUUCUUUCAUACCUUCAUCGGAUAAAAUAACAUCUAUAAUACCGCGUUUUAAUUUAAUUCAUUCGAAUCAAGAAUCAUCUUGCCAUCAAAAUGAUGUGUUAGAAAAGGACAAUUCGAAUAUAUUAAUCAGCGAAAAUAAUUUAUGUAACGAUAACAAUAAUGUUAUAUCAUCAUGUCUAGAAGAUGAAGAUGAUUCUUCAACAGACACGAGCGGUAGUGAUAAGAGAUGUUCGGAUAAUGAAGUUGAUAAAUAUUCUGAAACAAGUGUCUCAUCUGUUGCAACAAAUGAAAGCACAGAAAAUUCGACGAUUUCAUUUAAAGAAUUUAAUAUUAAUAGUAAUAAUUCAGAUAUGUUAAAGGAAUAUAUGCGCGUUCAAGGUGCUCUUCGAUCUUUAACUAGCAUAUUGUCUGAAGGUGUGUCUCAUUCAGGUGUGACAACUAUAUCAAAGUUAGACAUAAUAGAGACCAUUUGCAAGUUAUUGUUUCAUAAUACAGCAAAUCAGGCCGAAUUUCGAAAGAUGGACGGCUAUACAACUAUGCUUAAAGCACUUGAUCAAGUUCUGGAAGAUGGAGUGGGAGAACGUGAAAGUUUUCUUAAAGACUGCUUUAAUGUUUUCUUUAUAACAAGUCUUAACGAUAAUGAAGAUAAGAUUGUUGGCAACAUUGAUGCUUUGAAUCUUGUAUUUCGUACGAUGGUCUUUUCUUCUCAUCUUGAUAUACGGCAACACGCUCUUAAUUGUAUUCAAGAUUUAAUCACAACAAAUUGUCUUAAUGCAGUUGCUGCAUGGAAAGUUGGUGGGGUGGAUCUUUUGAUGAAGAUGUUGAAUUCCGCAAUUCAUGUGAAUGGAGAUAUUAAUGAUCUUUGCCGAGUAUUGGAAUUGGGAGAAUUAUCUCAAGCAAGCUGUGAAACUUUCCCCGAUAUAAGAUAUGAUAAAACGGCGAUGGAUCCAAAUUCUCCGUCAUUAUUUUCUGCCGGAUCUCCAGUUGCACAAACUGUUGAUUCACAUCCAGUGUAUCGUUAUUUAGUAGCUGUAACAAGGUUGUUGGAAUAUAUGGCCACUAUUUUAAGUGAGAACAAUUCUUAUAUAUUGAAAGAAUAUACACGUAUAUUAAUGGAAAUUAGCUUGCCAUCAAGAUCUAUUGUUGUUAAUAUCAUCUUGCGUAGUGUUUCACGUUUGUUAACUGACCUUCUUAGUCGUUACAAAGACGUUGAGAAAAAUUUUUUGAGUAUAUACUUGCAAUUUAUAAGAGAUAUAUUUCAAAUGUGCGAGUUUGAUGGUUUGGCAUCAGAUUUAAAUACACGCUUAAACACUGAAACUAAAACGGACGUAAUUUUAAACGAGUUUGAACGAGUACUAAUUGCUGAACAGAAUCUUCUUCUUUUACAUAUCGUUGGAUUAUUGGUUGAUGCCACAGGAAGAAAUAUGGAGUUAUUUGAAGCUUUACAAGGAUUCGAAACACUCCAUGAUGCUAUAGUUCUUUCUAGUGCAUGUGUAGAAUAUGUAGCAGAUGAUACUCAAGAAUUGUCUACUAAGAAGGAUUAUCUUGGAUUAGAAGAAGAUAUAAUGGUUGCAGAUAUGGCUCUUUGGUUAUUGAGAGAAUAUAUGGUUUGUGGCUUGGAUUGUAUUGAAAGUGUCAAGUGGAUGAUAAAAUUAACGAAGUAUAUUCUUGCGAAUAUCAGUUAUUCUCCAAAUUCUACUGAAGUAAAUUCCAUUGCAAGUAGCAAAACUCCAGUUAUUUCGCGAGUAAAUUCAUUAUUAAAUCCAAAAAAUCUUUGUAAUUCACUUCAACGUCCAAAACGAGCUACUUUUCCGUGGCUUCAGACAAAAGUUUGCAACGUAGUAUCUUCUGUACUUCGUAAGAGUGAUAAAGCAAAACAGCUAUUUGGAGAAUUUGGUGGUUUAGAAGUCAUGUUAGGAAUAAUAAGUCAUACACAAGAUUCUAAUGUUGCAUCCGCUGCUCUUGUAACUGUUGGUGAUUUUUUUGCCGGUUAUGAAGGUGUACAACAAUUAUUGGGAAAUUUAUUUGGAUAUGAUGGUUUCUUAGAAUUAAUCCUUUCUUCAGUAACACCUAUUGACAAGACAUGCUGUGAGAUUGUUCUUGAAGUUGCAACAAUUGGAAGUAUUGGACAAUCGUUAUCUCAAUGCCCUGGAACAGCUGAUCCAUUUUUGAUUAGUAGUGAUAUUAUGCCUUUUAUUUCAGGAUUGUUAGAUCCAAUCCCAUUAUUUACAGAAUUACUUCCGUUUACGCAAAAAAGACGUGUUGGAUUUAAUAAAAAGAGCAAAAAACAAGAACACGAACGUAAUAGCAGCCGUGCAACUGUAGGCAGCCAAACUUCACUUUCGCAUUCGACGAAUUUUUAUGAAGGGAACGCUAAAAAUGAUUCGUCAUCGUCAUCUCUUAGUAAUAUUCCCGACGAGAAUGGUUUAAUAAAUCAUUCUAAUAAUACGUCCGGAAUAUCCAUAUCGAGUAAUAAUUUUGGCCCUGAAGCGCCAGUUGGUAGUUUUGAUACAGUUUCUAGAAGUAGCAUGCAACUUCUAAGUCCUACAUUAUCACCUGUUGAUCGACUUAAAACCGAAGAAAUGAUUGAUCAACAGAAUAAACAAGCAACUCGAAAACGAAGUAAUUCUCGUAAUUUAGGUGGAUUUGGUUUAAAUUCCAAUGCCGUCAAAUCAAAUUCUUCAACAAUUAAUGAUAAGCUUCGACAUUGGGCGGGAAUUAUUUUUCGAGAUUCAGAUGCUGCAAUGAUGGCUUUAAAGCUUCUUUAUAAUAUUGCAGAUGGAAAUGAUGAUAAAUUACAACAUUAUUUUUUUAAUUUAUUAAUGAUGUUGAUGGAGGUUAAUCCACGUAAUAAAGAACUUUUAUGUGCUAAUGGUGCCCUGAAAUUCGUAAUGGAAGUUUUAUUUGUAAAAGGUAAAUGUACGAACGACGUAGAACCUUUUAAACAACAUUCACCAUCGUAUGUAGAUUUAAUACCUGCAUUAGGAGCAUAUGAUAUCACAAACUCUGAUGUUUCAUUGUUAUUUGAGGCAGCAUAUGAUCCUCUUAAUAUGUUUGGACAUUUUUUGGAUAGAGGAUCACGCAGAAUAUCAAUUGCUAGCUCACAAUCUUUACCCUCUCCUAAAAAUUCAACAAUUAAAAUUGAUCCUUUCUUCAUUCGUGAGAUACAAAUGCAAAUGAUUUACUCAAUUGAACGAAUAUCCGAAAGAAUGGAUCCAUCUUGUUAUUUUAAUUUCAAUGGAGUUGACGGUGUGGUACAAACUGCUCCUUUGGAUAAAUUUCCUAGUAUGAAGAAUGGUUACACGCUUAGCAUGUGGAUUAAAGUUACCGCUUUCUUUGAAAAUGAAACCGGAUUAUUAUGUUAUGAAGAUAAAUCAGGGACAAAUACAACUUUUGAACUUUAUUUUAAACAUAUGGAUAGAUCGAAUCGAUAUUGUCUAUGUGUUCGAACGCAACAUUUUCCUUUACCACCUGAAGAUUUUGUUUUUGAUGGUUUCGAUUUUCAAGAAAUUGGAAUUUGGCAUCAUGUCGUAUUUGUUCAUUCAAAAGAUAGUACAUCGUUAAUCGUUGAUGGAUCUAUGAUACAAUCAUAUAAUAUGUUUAAUUAUCCAAAGAUGACAGGAAAAGAAAAAAUUGUUGCUGUUAUUGGACGUCGUGGAAAGAAAGUUUAUCCUACUAAUAAUGAAUCAAAAUCCGCAAUCAAUAGUUAUUUUUAUGGACAAAUUGGUUCCAUUUAUUUAUUCAGAGGACUUUGGGAUGAAGCAAUAUCGGAAAAAAUUUUCAAUAAAGGUCCAGCUUAUUCUAAGAAUUAUCGUUUACUUGGCGUAGAGAAUAAAGAAGUGAUGGCCAUUCAUCCACAAGCAUACUUGAGCAGCGAACAAAGAUCUAUAAUUGAAAAUGAUAAAUCUCGAAGAAAUUCGGAUUCAAUGGAUUUUACAAAGACAAGUGGGAAAAUGGAAGGAGGUUGUUCUGUACAUGCUACUCGUUCUAUGAAAGACAUUAUUGAACAAACCGGGAGAAUAGAAAAUUGUUUACAGAUCUUAGAUAUGGAUCCUCAACAACAAUUAAUUGGUCUUCGUACAAUAUCUAAUUUACUUUAUAAAAGUCCACAGAAUAUUGCAAAGUUUAAGGAAAAAAAUGGGUUUGAUGUGACUCGUAAAUCUUUGAGUAGAGAUUAUAGUAUUUUAUGUUCUGAACAUUUCAAUGUGCUAUUAGAUAUAGUUAGUGAUGGUGUCACAAAAAAUGAUCAAAUAUUCAUUACGAACAUUGAUCCUUUGAGAAUUAUUAUCGAUCUUUUAAUUAAUUGUAAAGAAUCUGUACAAUUGCCAGUAGUACGGACUUUAAUGGACAUGUUGGUUGAUGUGCCAGAAAACCUUAAAACGUGGCGUAAUAGCCUUGGCUUGGGUAUUUUAUUUGAUCUUAUUGAUAACCUUCCUACAUCACUCCAACCGUUUAUAAUGCGAACACUUGAAGUAAUGAUUUUGGAUUUAAGUGUUGAAGAACUAACAAAGUUAUUUGAAUAUUUGAAAAAGGACAAAUGGAUGAACGUUGAACUUAAAUGUGACAUUAUUUGCAUGAUUUAUAAGAAUAUGACAUUUGAUGUACAACUUGUUGAAAAAAUACGUGGAUUGAAAGGUCUAUCUCUUUUAAUGCCAUUUCUUGAAGCUCCUAAUGAAAAAUUCCGUAUUACAAUUCUUAAAAUGAUGGGGAUUUUAAUGAGUUCAAAUGUUAAACAUAGUAGAGGAGUUCUUACCAAAAAUAAUGGAUUUGAGAAGAUGAGAUUUUAUUUAGUAAUGCAUCAACUUUCAUUGGAAUUUACACAAGUUUUAAUAGGAGUUGGAAUAAAAUUUUAUUAUUGUGAUCCAGAAUUUAAAAAUUGUUCUUUAACCAUGUUGGAUAGACCUAUAUUAAAACGUUCUUCACCUCGAAAUUCGGAAGAUAGCAUCUCUCGAUCAAUGAAUAAGAAUACCGAAGAAUUAAUAUAUCCUGAAACUAUUAGUUUAAUAUUUGAUUUACUUAAAAUAUCUGAAAAUUCUGAACUUGUAUUCCAAGUAUUAGCUGAUAUAAAAAGAAUAUUAACACCUGAUAAUAUGAGAUGUUUAUGGGAACAAAAUUGGUUAGAAUGGAUCAUAAUUUUUCUAAGAGAAAGGUCAAAAAUUAAUGAGAGCACUAUUUAUAGUCAACGUAUACUUACGAUGACUGAUACGAUUAUACAGAAAAUGAUGGUAUUUGAUGUUUCGCGUAAGAAUUCUAUCACAGCAAAAACAAAGGGCGCAUUAAUUACAACACAAAAUCCUUCGAAUAAAAGUGAUUCUGAAGAAUUUAUACUUCGACUUAUUGACAUUCUUCUUUCAUAUUUUGAUAAGAAUCCUAAUGUUAACACGGAAAUUUCAAGUUAUGUUUUUAGAAAUCUUGGAAUCCUAUUUCGAUACCUUGAUGAUCAUCUUCGUAAGAACAUUUCAAAUUCAUCAUCAUCACAAUCUUGUAGAUCAAGUCUUAUCAUUAAUACAAGUCAACCUAUUUCGAUGCCACCAUCUCCACCUUAUUCACCUAUAACUAAUUCCAAUAAUAAUUCAUUUCAAAGUCAACAACAACAAAUUUUAAUUACGACCACGUCAGUUCGACGUCAUUUUGCAAGUACAAUAAAUAUAUUAGCAUGUCAUAAUAAUUCUACUAUACGUACGAGUAUGAAAUCUUCAGGAUUAUUUAAAAUUCGUGAUAAUUUGAUAAAAGACUAUAAAGAUUUAGCUCCUAUAGAUGGAAAUGAGUUUGUAUAAUAUUGAUUAUAGAAAUUUUCUUUAUUUAAACCUUUUUUUUUUUUUCUUUUUUUGUGAAGGGGAAAGGGUAUUCAAAAAAAGAGGGCGUUAUAAUUCUUCAAUUUUUUAUUUUUUAUUUGCUUAUUUAUUUAUUGUAUAUUUUAAAGUAAUUAUUUUUUUUUUU